CAGAGCUCCCUAAAGAGGACCUUGAGAACUUUAGAUUUCCGUGUGAGGUUGCUCCCUCCUUCCUGUCCCUGUUCCUGGUUCUCCUUCCCCUGCAUGUGAUUCGACUUCCAACUGAGACCUUUGUCCAUUUCCUCAGCCAGGAGGUUUCAUUAACCUGAGCUCUGGUCUGUGCCCAUUGAGGAAUGAGAAAAGAAAGGAGAGAGAAGAGAGAAAGAGAGACAGAGAUAGAGACAGAGAGAGACAGAGAGGGAGAGAGACAGGAGAGGGAAGGUUGAAGUGGUUGGGACAGAGGAAAGAAAGGAAGAAGAGAGGGAAGAAAGGCGAAAGGAACCGAAGGGAGAAGGAAAUGAGAAGGGAAAGGGGAAGAAAGAAAGUGGAGGCGAUCUAGAGGAAAGAGAGAAAGACAAAAGGGAAAGGGAGGGGAAAAAAAGAGGGAAAGGAAGAGAGAGAGAGCGCGAAGGGAAGAAGGAAAAGAAAGAGAAUGCGAGGGGGAGGGGAGACGGGAAACCGGACAGUGGGGAGGGGCUCUGGCCAGUAUAAUAAGUGACUCCAGCCGUCCCGGGACCCUGAAGUCGGAGGAAGGAGGAGGAAAGGAGAAAGAGAAAAAGGAGGAGAAGGGGAAGAAGAGGGGCGGGGCUGCAAACCACUUCUCUCCAAGUUUGCAGAGGCGGCUCUAAUUUAGCGCCCGCCCUGCGUUGGAAGCUGGGGCUCGGGACAGGAUUCUGUGACAGCUGAAAAAUGGACACUGAAGACAAAGAGGACGGCUCCCCCAGAGCUAUGUCCAGGUUCCUGAGGCACUUCACUGUGGUUGGCGACGACCAUUACAAAUGGAACACCAGGUAUAAGAAAUGGGACAACGAGGAAGAGGAGGACGAGCAGCCGCAGAUGCCAGCGGCCCCGGCGCCGACGUCCCUGGCUCCUGGGCCUGAGAGCAGCGCCACCAGUGUUCCAGAGGAGGCCGGCAGCCCUCCAAAGCCCCCUCCAGACUUCAGGACUGUGAUGAGAAAGCUCUUCAGCUCCCACAGGUUUCAGGUCAUCAUCAUUUGCCUGGUCAUUAUGGAUGCCUUGCUGGUGCUUGCUGAAUUGAUGUUAGAUCUGAAAAUCAUCCAGCCUGACAAGGACAAUUAUGCUGCCAGGGUGUUCCACUAUCUCAGCAUUGCCAUCCUGAGCGUCUUCAUGAUAGAAGUUGCAUUAAAAUUAUAUGUCUUCCAAAAGGAAUUCUUCUACCAUAAAUUUGAGAUUCUGGAUGCCGUUAUUGUGAUUAUCUCCUUUGUCCUGGACAUCGUCCUUCUGUUCCAAGAGCAUGCCUUCGAAGCCCUCGGCUUAUUGAUCCUUCUCCGGCUUUGGCGGGUGGCCCGGAUUAUCAAUGGCAUAAUUAUUUCAGUCAAGACACGUUCUGAACGACAACUCUCAAGGCUGAGACUGAUUAAUCAUCAACUGGCCACAAAAAUUCAGCAUCUUGAAUUUAGCUGCAAUGAAAAGGAACAAGAAAUUGAAAGACUUAACAAACUCCUGAAAGAUAAUGGACUUCUUGAGUAGCUGGACCAUGCAAUAUUUGCCUAACCACAUGGAGAGGAAACUUCUUAUUUGACAGAAUGGCCUUUUGUACAUGUCAGUGAAACACCCUGGGUAUCUCCAGGAUAAUUUCUGGAAAUGACCUGAAGCCUUCACUUAACUUGUUCUCAGGUCUGAUUAUGUCCAGAUAUUACAUCAUUCCUUCUAAGACUUGUCUUUUUUCCUUGCUGUGAUAAGAGACUUCCCUUGGUAACAAAUGUUUCAUAAGCUACAUUUCCUCAUUUUCCCAACUCUAACCUUGCUUGAAAUUGAAUAUUAUAGCUGGAUGGGUCUGUAUAAAAUUUAAUUUUGCCAAAUAUAUGUUUUCAAAUUUGUUUCCCCUUUAUUUCAGUCCUGGAUUCUCUAAUUGUGGACAUUCUGAAGGACAAAAGCAAUAAACAAAUUUUUCUUAGACUCCA